CGACAGGUGGCGCCAAGAACUUCCGGGAGAGAACUGUCACCGAAUUAUUAUAAAUACAUGUAGGGAACAAAAAUGCCGUUAUACGAAGGUCUUGCGUAUGGUGGGGACAAAAACGUAGUUGUCGUUGACAUUGGCAAUGCCUAUACUAAGUGUGGUCUGGCAGGAGAGACUGGUCCAAGGUGCAUCAUCCCCAGUGAAGUGAAGAGUUCCAGGACUGGGAAGAUUACAAAGCUAUGGGAUUACACAUGUACAAGUGAUUUACAUGACAACCUGAAAGAUUUUCUCUAUGUGCUUUACUUUAAGCACUUGUUGGUGAAUCCUAAAGAUCGCCGUGUUGUGGUGGUGGAGUCUUUAUUGUGUCCAUCAACUUUCCGAGAUGCCCUAGCCAGUGUACUCUUCAGACAUUAUGAGGCAAGCUCCGUGCUGUUUGCUCCGAGUCAUAUGGCGUGUCUUCUGGUGCUGGGGACGAGCACCGGGAUGGUGAUGGACAUUGGCUACAAGGAGGCGCUGGUCAUACCUGUAUAUGAAGGAAUUCCAGUGCUCAAGGCAUGGCAGUCCAUUCCUUUUGGAGGGAAGGCAAUUCACAGCCAAAUCGAGGCCCAGUUGAAGGAACAUGCUACUGUGACCACGUCAGAACAAACCAACAAACCCUUCACCUCCUGUGCAGAUGAUCUGAAUGAAGAAGUUUUGGAAAAUAUUAAAGUGCAAUGUUGUUUUGUGACAAGCCACAGUCGAGCCAAGCAGAUUCAGGAUGUCCUUGUAAAAGGAGCAGACAUAAACAAGUUGCCAACGCCUCCUCCAGAUGUAGACUACCCACUGGAUGGGAAGAAAAUAUUACACAUCAAUGGUAAACUCAGAGAACAUGUUUGUGAGAUUCUGUUCGAGCAAGACCGUGAUGAAAGAUCGGUGGCUACACUCAUCCUGGAUGCUUUGAUUGAGUGUCCAAUUGACCUGCGUCGCAGCCUGUCUGAAAAUAUUGUGGUAAUGGGUGGAACUGCCAUGCUGCCAGGGUUCCAUCACAGGCUGAGGGCGGAGUUGUACGAACUUCUGCAGAAACCCAAGUACAAGGACGCCAUUGCUCUCAAAGUGUUUAAGUUCCACAAGCCUCCAUCAAGAGAGAACUAUACUGCCUGGCUUGGAGGUGCUGUAAUAGGAGCAUUAGAGACCCUCCAGAGCAAGUCCAUGUCAAGGGAGAUGUACCUCCAGACAGGCAAGGUGGCAGACUGGUGUAACGUUGCCCAAGAACCUGAGACAGAAGACCACUCACCUGUAAAGGCUAAAUAGUUCCCUGACUUCCACACUGGUGAACUGUGCACAUUGAACAAUUCUCAUAAGUCACCCUGACAACUGUGAUGUCAUGCUUUGUGAAGUGUAUGGUGCUGUCCUGUUUGCGAGUUGUUGUCAUUUAUGAUGACAUUGUGUAAUGCGAACAUGGGAUGAAAUACUUCAAUCACUGCAAGUAGUAUUACAUCUGAAGCAUCAUUUUCUAUUUAUUUAUUGAAUCAUGGGUCAAGUGUAGACAUGGUACCUAAGUUGGUUUUUUAAAUAUAUUUCCUUUUGGCUAAUUACAGAGUAGGUGCUGGUUUAUAUUAUUAAUGUAGACGUCCCAACCAUAAACAUAAAAAACAAAGUCCAAAGGUAUUUCUGUUUUUGCAAGUAUAGAAACUGUUGUGCUGAAGUAUGAGGCUUACACUUUCCUGCCUAAUUUAUCCUUUUUCUUCGCAGCUUAAAACAUACAUGUAUUGAUAAAUUCUGUACAAAGUGCAAUAUACUAUUAUGGUAACUU